GAGGGCCGUUGGUUGGGGCCUGGGGUAUGCUGCUUCAUUGAGGGGCUCCACUGCUGCCACCAACUUGUUGUUUUUCCUGGGUGCCACUUCCCCGGCUGGCCCGACGCGACGUACCAGUAUCGCGACACCGAUUCCUCUCGGGUUUUUGGGCGCUGCUCUGAGCAGUGUCACCCUUUCACCAGAAAGCUGGCGGGCACUAUGGGGAAAAAACAAAACAAGAAGAAAGUGGAGGAGGUGCUAGAAGAGGAGGAAGAGGAAUAUGUGGUGGAAAAAGUUCUCGACCGUCGAGUGGUAAAGGGCAAAGUGGAGUACCUCCUAAAGUGGAAGGGUUUCUCGGAUGAGGACAACACGUGGGAGCCAGAAGAGAACCUGGAUUGCCCUGACCUCAUUGCUGAGUUUCUGCAGUCACAGAAAACAGCACAUGAGACAGAUAAAUCAGAAGGAGGCAAGCGCAAAGCUGAUUCUGAUUCUGAAGAUAAGGGAGAAGAGAGCAAACCAAAGAAGAAAAAAGAAGAGGUAAGGUGGAAGUAAGAGUUUUUAGUACCCCAGAAUUCAUAGUACUGUUGAAGAAGCUGAAGGCCAGUUUUGUUCUGCGUCUUAUUCGAUAUCAGCAGCCAUCUCUCAGUAGAUAGGCUGAGUAUUUGGGAGUAUACUCAUGAAGCCACAUGAUCUACUCUUAACUUUUUAUCCAUGGUACAGGAACAGUAAGUGGAACACUUAUUGGGGACAGAUACAAGGGCAAGUGAAUUCAUUCCUGUAAAUAGAUAGCGUUCAGUGUUCAAUCAUUAAAGGCGUGAAGUGGCUAUUUUGACAUAUUUAACACCUUAAAGUUGUCUUUUUUUUU